CUCGCGAAAGUUCUUUUCUUCUUCUUUUCUAAAGUGGCUAGUUCUAACUUGGUCUCUCUCGCUCCAGUUCAGUGUUUUUGCCGCUUCUGUGUGUGUGGGUCGCGUGAAGGCCACUUCAUGGAUUUCCAGGGGUUCUUAAACGAGUUGCAGGAUUGGGAACUUUCUAGAAAGGAUAAGGCGCCAACAAUGAAGUCACAAAAGGAAAAUGCUUCAUCUUCUCGACAUAUUGGAUCUGUUGGUGUGGAUAAGGCAUCAAGAGGAGAUGCUAUUUCUUUUGACCGGGCAAGAAAUUCUCCUGGGCAGUAUGAUUUAUCAAGAAUUAGUGAUGCUUUCAAUGGUGUGCACAGUAGUUUUGUUCCUGAAGAUGUUCCUGAUGCUGCUUCCGAGAAGGACCUGGGUAAUGAGUUUUUCAAGCAGAAAAAGUUUAAGGAAGCUAGAGACUGCUAUUCAAGGAGCAUUGCCUUAUCACCAACAGCUGUAGCAUAUGCUAAUAGGGCAAUGGCCAAUAUCAAGCUCAGAAGAUUCCAAGAGGCUGAGGAUGACUGUACAGAGGCCUUAAAUCUUGAUGAUCGUUAUAUAAAAGCAUACUCUCGGAGAGCAACAGCUAGAAAAGAACUUGGAAAAAUUAAAGAAUCAAUGGAGGAUGCUGAAUUUGCAUUGAGGUUGGAACCAAACAAUCAAGAAAUCAAGAAACAAUAUGCUGAUGCCAAGUCUUUGUAUGAGAAAAAUGUUCUCCAGAAAGCAUCAGGAGCUCUAAGAAACACUGUACAGGGGACUCAAAAAGUGGGAAAGUCAGAAGAAAAAGUUAAUGGAGGCAGCAUCCAGCCCAUUUCACAUGGCACUCAAAAGUCUGGGCCGGCUGAAGCUCAUCAUCAUCAAAAGGGUAAUGAGUCACAAAUACCUAUUAAAGAAUCACUCAUAAUGGAGGAGUUUGGUUCCAGAGAUACAAAAGCCAGAAGCAGGCCUCAAGCACAAGAACGUCAUGGUUCUAAGGAGGGUUUGAGUGCAAGCAACAGUUUUGAGCAGAGAAAUCGCAAAAUUACUAAGCAGGAAAUAAAAGCAUCUGUUCAACAGCUUGCUUCUCAAGCUGCAUCUAGAGCCAUGGCUGAAGCUGCGAAAAACAUAACACCACCAACAACAGCUUAUCAGUUUGAGGCCUCUUGGAGAGCAUUUUCAGGUGAUAUUGCUCUGCAGGCUCGUCUAUUGAAGGCUAUAUCUCCCCACGAAUUACCAAAAAUAUUCAAAAAUGCCUUAUCUUCUACCCUGCUAAUUGACAUCAUCAAGUGUCUUGCAUCGUUUUCCACUGAAGACAUGGAUCUGGUUGUUAGUUAUAUGGAGCAUCUGACCAAGAUACCAAGAUUUGAUGUGAUUGUAAUGUGCCUUUCAUCAACAAAUAAGGAUGACAUACGCAAGAUCUGGGAUGAAGUGUUCUGUAGUGAGGCAACUCCAAUGGAGUACGCAGAGAUUCUGGACAACCUCCGAUCAAAAUUCUGCCAUGAACACUGACAUAUCUUCUUGUAUGCUUUAACGUUAUUUUUUCCCCUCAGUGGAUCCUCUCUCUUCCACAAAUUAUCUUCACUUGUAAAUUAUUUUACUAUUGAAAUGUUUGAUUAUUAUGGACACAAUUUUGUCCAUCUUUUAGCCAUUAGCUAAAGGCGGGAAGAAAAAAGAUAAAUGAAAAAUCUCGUGUAAUGCAGUGCCUGAGGCUGAUGGUUCAGUACGUUUUAAUGCUUUUUUCCUUCGGGAUUUCUGUCUUUUUAAGGGAGAAAAGUAAAGGAAUCUUGAUUGAUAAGGAAAAAAGUCACCGGCUGGUGUCCCAAUACAUUCAUAAUUACGAGUGUAUGUAAUAUUUACAGUUGAUUUUAUUAUUAAUCACAGAUAUUAUUUAUAACU